UUAGUUUUCCCUCUCCUGCAGUUAAAAAUCUGUCGGUCCGUUGCCUCCGGUUAAAAUACUAAGCUCCACAUCCUCGACCCGAAGUUUUUGAUCUCUCAUCGCUGCUGUUACUCUCCCUUUCUCUCUCAGUGUUCCCCUGCUUCGCGAGGAAUCCUUCGUCUAUACAUAAUGGGGGCAUGAUGGAGGUAUAUCGGGAAAAGCUGCUUCGUCUUUUUUUCUCUGCUAAAAUCGCACUGAGCUAAGAAGAACAGAGACGUUUAUCUUCUUCUUCUACUCAGAUUUGCAUCAUCUGUUGCAUUUUUAACCCACAUAAACACCAUGAAAUAUUUCUGGGUUCUUGGCUUUGUUAGUCUGCUGCUGGCCGGUUGCGCACGCGGCUUUGAUUUGAAUUGGACGGAGGUAGUCUACGAUGGCGAGGUGGCUGUCGGUGGGCCUCCGCUCUUCGUCCCACUUACGCUCAUUCAAUCGGCAGCAGCUAAAGGAGCUGUGUGUUUGGAUGGAAGCUUACCAGGUUACCACCUUCACAGAGGAUUUGGAUAUGGAGCAAAUAGUUGGCUUGUCCAAUUAGAGGGAGGAGGCUGGUGCAGUGACAUUCGAAUGUGUCUUUUUCGUAAAAAAACCCGUCGAGGUUCAUCAUAUUACAUGGAGAAGCAGCUACAGUUCACAGGAAUUUUGAGUAAUAAACCUGAAGAAAAUCCGGAUUUUUAUAACUGGAACAGAGUGAAGAUUCGCUACUGUGAUGGUGCAUCUUUCCUUGGCGAAGGCUACAAUAUGGCUGCAGGCCUCUUUUUCCGUGGCCAACGCAUAUGGCUGGCUGCUAUGGAAGACCUGAUGUCAAAGGGAAUGCGUGAUGCUAAUCAGGCACUUCUUACUGGAUGCUCUGCGGGUGGUCUAGCUGCUAUACACCAUUGUGAUGGAUUUCACGCAUUGUUUCCCGCAAGCACAAAAAUAAAGUGCUUUGCUGACGCUGGAAUGUUUCUUGAUGCUGUUGAUGUGGCUGGACGACGCACCCUGAGAUCCUUUUUUGGUGGCUUGGUUAACUUACAGGGGGUGUCAAGGAACUUACCAAGGACCUGUACUUCCCACUUGAAUCCAACUUUGUGUUUUUUUCCUCAGAAUGUCCUGUCAACUGUUCAGACCCCACUUUUUCUUUUGAAUUCAGCAUAUGAUGUAUGGCAGCUUCAGGAGAGUCUGGCUUCCAAAGCGGCUGAUCCUCAUGGUUAUUGGCAGGACUGUAACAUGAAUAAUGCAAAAUGCAACACAGGUCAAAUCCAGUUUUUGCAAGGCUUCAGGAACCAAAUGCUUAAUUGUGUAGAGAAGUUCUCGUUAUCAAGCAAAAAUGGGUUAUUUAUUAAUUCAUGUUUCGCUCAUUGCCAAAGUGAAAGGCAGGAUACCUGGUUCGGAAACAGCUCUCCAGCUGUUAGUAACAAGGGAAUUGCAAAGUCUGUUGGUGAUUGGUACUUUGAUCGCUCUCAAGUGAAGAUCAUUGACUGUCCAUAUCCUUGCGAUAGAACCUGUCACAACCUUGUAUUCAAUGGAAGGCAUUGAAUUCUUUGAUAAUACCUUUCCUAUCAGUUGAUCACCAUUUAGGCUUCGUUUGGGACGGUUUUUUUACUGCUUCUUAAAUCAGCUUUUUAGUACGAAUAUUUUAAUUUUUAUACUAGAAAGCUGCUUUAAGAAGCAUUAAGAAAGUUGUCCCAAACAAAACCUUAAAGUUGCAUAUUCAUAUCAAAUAAUGAAUAACAGCUUUGCGAGUUUACAAGACAUCCAGAAAGCUUGCGAAGAAGUGGAAGUUCCUUGCUUCUGAAAUUUGAAGCCUUUUAUUGUGGUAUUAGUCUCUGUUGUAAAUGGGUUUGAUUACUCCCAUUCCAGCAGUAGAAUUCUUUUUAAAUUGCAUUGAUUAGUACAAUAAAAUUAUAAUGAUUUUGAAUAAAGUUGUUGGAUUCAAUCCCAGCCAUCCAAAGUAAAUCCUAUGGCUUAGAUGUGG